CAAAUUCAUGAUUGAUUUCAACCACACCAUCCGAUGUUUAACUAAAAUUAUGUGACAGAUACAGUGAACUAGUUAUAGACAAUUAGCUUACGUUACAUGUAUACGAUAUCUAUGGACGAUGCAUUUAUCGAGUGAAGUGAGUUCGACUACGAACGGUCUUGGUCAUGAGGCGCCUUCCUCCAGCUACGGCGGUUUGCCGAGUCAGCCUCUCACAGCAGAGCUGCUGGCCGAAAGGACGCUGGAAGGGUUGUUGGCCGACCAUCCUGGCGAGCUUGUGAAGACUGGCAGUCCGCAUGUUGUAUGCACAGUCCUGCCCCCACACUGGCGGUCAAACAAAACCUUACCAGUAGCGUUCAAAGUGGUCGCCCUGGGUGACGUUGGAGAUGGUACCCUGGUCACGGUCCGAGCGGGAAACGAUGAGAACUGUUCAGCAGAGUUGAGGAACUGCACUGCCGUUAUGAAGAACCAAGUCGCGAAGUUUAAUGACCUGAGGUUCGUCGGCAGAAGUGGGAGAGGCCUAGCCGGAACACGUAGUAAAUCGUUCACCCUCACGAUAAUGCUGGCAACGUCACCCCCUCAAGUGGCGACCUACCAGAAGGCGAUCAAGGUCACAGUCGACGGCCCCAGGGAACCGCGGUCCAAGACCAGGCACCAUGGCUUCCAUCCCUUCCAUUUUGGACCAAGAUUCGCACCCGAUCCUCUUAUGGGCUCUCUACCUUUUAAAUUAUCAGGUAUAGCACAUCAGCUGGCUGGUCUCCCGGGCGGCGAGUGGGGUGCGCUCGCGAGGCACUACCCUCCACCACUGUUACCCACGCAUGCGCACUUCACACCACACGUCUUGCCACCAGCGCACACGCAGCACCACGUCCCACCACCGCCUCAUGAAACAGAUAUAACCUCAGAGAAUCCGACAACCAUGCAUCCCCACAGCACGACGAGUCCAGCCAACUCUCGACCAAAUUCCCCACACGACGAUGACGACGACAUCUCGGUGACCGCGUCAAGUAGUCCACCCCCUGACGACCGGCCGGGAGCUUUCACCUCAGUCACAAGAACUAGAAAACCCCUACAACCCCUACCAGCACCAUCAAGUCUCUUCCACAGCGCUUUAGCAGCGCAAUUAUUCCUGAAUUCACCUCUCCUGCCAACACCACCCGCAUGGCUGUACUCCCAGUUAUACGGCGGUUACGAUUGGUGGCUCAGACCUCCAGUGCCACAAGAAGAUUCCAGUCCAAGUCCUGACAGAGAAGAAGAAGCCGGUUCAACCGCAUCAAGUUCAAAGAAAAGACCAGCGUCACCGGAAUGGUCCGAACAGGGCGUCAGAACUAGAAGCAAGUCUCUCAUGACGUCAGAAAGACGACCAGUCGAUGUGUGGCGUCCUUACUAGUCAAACAUUUAGUUCUCGAAUAUUACAGGAAGUGUUGUAUAGUGCUCGGCCUCUACCGUCCGAUGUGCAGGUGGACCCUAAGGGCCGACGCAGACGAGGGACUAUUGUCCGCUGAGGACAAAAGUCCCUUGUCUUUUACUACGGUGUUUCGCCGUACUAUUGGUCCAUUGUGUACGUUAUGCGAUGCAGGUAUUAUACUCUAUCCGCGGAAAGAAGUUGUAUAGCGCUCUCUCUGUUACGCAAUCCUAUCCAAUUGAUAGAGACAAAAUCUUAGUAUGCGCUAACCAUUUUGAGUCACCAACCAAUCACAAACAAAAGUUUUC